UCGNCACGCCUCCAACUCAGCGCCGAAUCUCCGCCGACGCGCCGCCGACUCGCCAACAAUUAGGGCAAAAUAGAUUCUAAGUGGGUUCUUAUCAAUCUCUCAGGCCUGCGGGUUUGAUGGGAUGAACCUGCCAAAUAUCCAAAGACCCCGAACGAGUUUCGCCGUGGCAAACAUAGCCCUCAACUGCAUCCGGGAAUAAUCUAAAUGCUCAGCUAUUGACCUCCCCUUCACUCAGCAGAGAAGUAACCCAUAUUAGACCGCAGAAGGCCAAAGCUUUUUUGAUCAUCCAACUGGUCCAACCAGAUGAGUGCAGGAGGAGCUUUUGGUGGAAAUAGAGGUGCAAGACCAGUACCACCAGAGAAAGGUGUAUUUCCAUUGGAUCACCUCCAUGAGUGUGACCUGGAGAAGAAGGAAUACAUUACCUGCCUCAAAUCAUCAGGCCACCUAUCAGAAAAAUGUCGGAAAUUCUCAAAGAAGUACUUGGAAUGUCGAAUGGAAAAAAAUUUGAUGGCGAAACAAGAUAUGUCAGAGCUUGGAUUUGGCAAAGGCUUAGAGCUAGACUCUUCUGAGAAGAGCAAUGCGGGCAUUGAUGAGCAAACAAAACCCUCAUCUCCUGGAAAGACUAUACAUGAUCGAAGUUAGGAUCUCUACAUAGCUAGGGUUGGAUGUUUAUUUGAUUUUUUUACAUCCGGAUCAAUAUUUCCAUCACUCCUAAUGUUUUCUUGGAGAUAAUCAUUCAGGAUGUUUUACUAGGAAAAUGCAUGUAACAAUAAGAUUUGUUUAUUGGUGAAACAAAUUCCUUGAGCCAUAUACUUGUUGGAAUUUAAUGCAUAAAAACUGAAAGCUUUGAUGAGUUUUAUUAGUUUA